CAAGGCAGACCCAAGAUGGACAGAACCUUGGAAUCCCUGAGACACAUCAUUGCCCAAGUCCUGCCUCACAGAGACCCAGCUCUAGUCUUCAAAGACUUGAACGUUGUGUCAAUGUUGCAGGAAUUUUGGGAAAGCAAGCAGCAGCAGAGGGCUGCGUUCCCCAGUGAAGGUGUGGUGGUGUAUGAGUCGCUGCCAUCUCCUGGGCCUCCCUUUGUGAGUUAUGUGACCCUUCCAGGGGGAAGCUGUUUCGGCAACUUUCAGUGCUGCUUAAGCAGAGCCGAGGCCAGGCGGGAUGCAGCUAAAGUGGCCCUAAUCAACUCCCUGUUCAAUGAGCUGCCCUCUCGAAGGAUCACCAAGGAAUUCAUUAUGGAGAGUGUGCAGGAAGCAGUUGCCUCCACCAGCGGCACCUUGGACGACGCUGACGACCCCAGCACCAGCAUCGGCGCCUAUCACUACAUGCUGGAGUCCAAUAUGGGGAAGACCAUGCUGGAAUUUCAGGAGCUGAUGACCAUUUUCCAACUACUACACUGGAAUGGGAGCCUAAAAGCCCUUCGCGAAACGAAGUGUUCCCGACAGGAAGUCAUCUCCUACUAUUCCCAGUAUUCGCUGGAUGAAAAGAUGCGCAGCCACAUGGCCCUGGACUGGAUCAUGAAGGAGCGGGAGUCACCAGGAAUUCUGUCCCAAGAGCUACGAAUGGCUCUGAGGGAGCUGGAGGAAGCCAGGAAAGCAGGACAAGAACUGCGGUUUUACAAAGAGAAGAAAGAAAUCCUGAGUUUAGCCCUGACUCAGAUCUACAGCGAUCCUGACACUUCCUCACCCAGUGAUGACCAGCUGAGCCUCACGGCCCUCUGUGGCUAUCACUAGCAAGGCCAGGGCCCAAGUACCAGAGGCUGGCAGAGGCCAGACUCUAGCAUCAGGAAGCUGAUUGAAGGAGGUUAUCAGCGGCUUUAGUCCCUAUAGCUAAUACCUGAAGGCUGUACUAAUCCUCUCCACCCAUUCCAUUCACAGAAUCUGAGAGCAGCCAGGCCCUUUUAGGAUACAGUGUUUUUCAUCACUCUCACAGUAGUUCUACCUCAGAAGGAAAGGACGGAGACAGGUGG